AUGAGCCAAGCACCACCCACCUCCACCGGCAGCUCCAAGCUGGAUGCCGUCAAGCAGAACAUUGAAGCUGCCACCCCCGAGAAGCUGUCCGGCCUCGCCCUUUACUCGCGAUUCGCUUUUGCCGGCGCUGUCUGCUGCUCCGUCACCCACGGUGGCCUCACUCCAGUUGAUGUCGUCAAGACACGAAUCCAGCUCGAUCCUGCYACCUACAACCGCGGCCUGAUUGGCGGUUUCCGCCAGGUCAUCGCCAAGGAGGGUGCCGGUGCUCUCCUGACCGGUGCUGGCCCAACCUUCGCUGGUUACUUCCUCCAGGGUGCGCUCAAGUUCGGUGGAUAUGAGUUCUUCAAGCAACAGUCGAUCAACUUGAUCGGUUACGAGAACGCCUCCAACAACCGCACCGCCGUCUACCUCGCUUCGUCCGCCUGCGCCGAGUUCAUCGCCGAUAUUGCCCUCUGCCCGCUCGAGGCCACCCGUAUUCGUCUCGUGUCUGAGGCUGGUUUUGCCACUGGUCUCGUCUCUGGUUUCAGCAAAAUCUUGAAGACUGAGGGUGUUGGUGCUUUCUACUCUGGAUUCGGCCCAAUCCUGUUCAAGCAGGUCCCAUACACCAUGGCAAAGUUCGUCGUAUACGAGAAGGUGUCUGAGCUCGCAUACCAGAAGUUCUUCGACAAGGCCAACACCAGCAACGGAAUGCAGACCGUUGUCAACCUCGGCUCUGGUCUCAUCGCCGGUUUCGCCGCUGCCAUCGUCUCCCAGCCCGCCGAUACCAUGCUUUCGAAGAUCAACAAGAGCAAGGGUCUUCCAGGUGAGGGCACCACCAGCCGUCUGAUCAAGAUCGCCAAGGAGCUUGGUCUUCGUGGUUCUUACAGCGGUAUUGGUGCCCGUCUUUUCAUGGUCGGUACUCUGACCGCUGGUCAAUUCGCCAUCUACGGUGAUAUCAAGAAGGCAAUUGGAGCCACCGGCGGUGUUGAGAUCGCCAAGUAA